CCCAGCAGACGCUCAGACGCUUCCAAGCCUUGAGAAGCAGGCCUCGAGAAAUCCCUUCUCCCGCCAGGCUUCAGCGUGAGUUAAAAUCAGGCAGCCGGAAAACGACAGGCCCAGGCCCGCAGCCUGUGGCCUCGCAGCGCCGGGACGCCCGGACGCCGGGAGAGCGCGGGGACUCUUCAAGCCCGGCGCGGGGGUUUCCGCAUCUUACGGGCGGGGCCGGAAGAGGAAGUCGGCGCUGCCGUGGCGGCCCCUGCAGCAGCGGCGGUCCCAUCCUAGCCCGGCCAGCCCCUGUCCGGUCCGGUCCGCGGAAGCAGCUUAGCGUCGGGACCCCGAGCGUACCCUGCCGAGUGAGCCGCGCCGCGCCGCCCCACCCGGCUCCCACCAGCCCGAUGGGGCCGCAGCGGCGGCUGCCCCGUGCCGCGGCCGCGCUGCUGUUGGGCUUCCUGCUCCCGCUGACAGCCGCUCAGGAAGCAAUCUUGCAUGCGUCUGGAAAUGGCACAUCCAAGGACUACUGCAUGCUUUAUAACCCUUAUUGGACAGCUCUACCAAGUACCCUAGAAAAUACAACUUCCAUUAGUUUGAUGAAUCUGACCUCCACACCACUAUGCAAUCUUUCUGAUAUUCCUCCUGUUGGCAUAAAGAACAAAGCAGUUGUGGUGCCAUGGGGAAGCUGCCAUUUUCUUGAAAAAGCCAGAAUUGCACAGAAAGGAGGUGCUGAAGCAAUGUUAGUUGUCAACAACAGUGUCCUAUUUCCUCCCUCAGGUAACAGAUCCGAAUUUCCUGAUGUGAAAAUACUGAUUGCAUUUAUAAGCCAGAAAGACUUUAAAGAUAUGAAGCAGACUCUAGGAAAUAACGUUACUGUGAAAAUGUAUUCUCCAUCGUGGCCUAACUUUGAUUAUACUAUGGUGGUUAUUUUUGUAAUUGCUGUGUUCACUGUGGCAUUAGGUGGAUACUGGAGUGGACUAGUUGAAUUGGAAAACUUGAAAGGAGUGACAACUGAAGAUAGAGAAAUAAGGAAAAAGAAGGAAGAAUAUCUAACAUUUGGUCCUCUUACAGUUGUAAUAUUUGUGGUCAUCUGCUGUGUUAUGAUGGUCUUACUUUAUUUCUUCUACAAAUGGUUGGUUUAUGUUAUGAUAGCAAUUUUCUGCAUAGCAUCAGCAAUGAGUCUGUACAACUGUCUGGCUGCACUAAUUCAUAAGAUACCAUAUGGCCAAUGCACGAUUCUGUGUCGUGGUAAAAGUGUGGAAGUGAGACUUAUUUUUCUUGCUGGACUAUGCAUAGCAGUAGCUGUUGUUUGGGCUGUGUUUCGAAAUGAAGACAGGUGGGCUUGGAUUUUACAGGAUAUCUUGGGGAUUGCUUUCUGUCUGAAUUUAAUUAAAACACUGAAGUUGCCCAACUUCAAGUCAUGUGUGAUACUUCUAGGCCUUCUCCUUCUCUAUGAUGUAUUUUUUGUUUUCAUAACACCAUUCAUCACAAAGAAUGGUGAGAGUAUCAUGGUUGAACUUGCAGCUGGACCUUUUGGAAAUAAUGAAAAGUUGCCAGUAGUCAUCAGAGUACCAAAGCUGACCUAUUUCUCAGUAAUGAGUGUGUGCCUCAUGCCUGUUUCAAUAUUGGGUUUUGGAGACAUUAUUGUACCAGGCCUAUUGAUUGCGUACUGUAGAAGAUUUGAUGUUCAGACUGGUUCUUCUUAUAUAUACUAUGUUUCCUCUACAGUUGCCUAUGCUAUUGGCAUGAUACUUACAUUUGUUGUUCUGGUGCUGAUGAAGAAGGGACAACCUGCUCUCCUCUAUUUAGUACCUUGCACACUUAUUACUGCCUCAGUUGUUGCCUGGAGACGUAAGGAAAUGAAAAAGUUCUGGAAAGGUAACAACUAUCAGAUGAUGGACCAUCUGGACUAUGCAACAAAUGAAGAAAACCCUGUGAUGUCUGGUGAACAGAUUGUCCAGUAGUAAUAAUAUGUGGAACUGCUAUAAUGGGUCACUGAUUUUCUACAAAUAGACUUUGACUUUUUAAAUUGACUUUCGAAUUGACAAUCUGAAAGAGUCUUCAAUGAUAUGCUUGCAAAUAUAUAUUUUUAUGAGCUGGUACUAACAGUUACAUCAUAAAUAAUUAAAAUGCUUUGCUUUUAAUGUUAAAGUUGUGCCUUCACAUUAAAUAAAAGCAUAUGGUCUGUGUAGUUACCGAGAUGUAUUAUAUACAGUAUAUUUUUCUAAAAAAAA